AUGGUAGGGACUUACCCCUUGAAUUUCAUAGCUAAGCACUGUAUGGUACUGCAUGGUAGUGGAUCAUGGGGAUUUGUUGUGACGUGUCGUUUCAAGCUCUACAUAUUGGAAGCAAUGUGUCAAGAAAUUUUAGGAAAAAAGUAUUGUGUAUUGACGGGUCCUGGCACACGUCAUCAAAAUACAAGUUACGAUUCUCUAUUUCAAUGUACUCCUCCCCAAGUGGAUUUUACAUUACAAAUUUCCGAGAAUGAUGACGAGGACGAGGACGAGGAUGACGAGGAUGAGGAUGACGAGGAUGACGAUGACGAUGACGAUGACGAUGAGGAGGAGGAGAAGGAGAAGGAUGAGGAGGAUGAGGAGGAUGAGGAGGAUGAGGAUGAGGAUGAUGAGGAUGAUGAGGAUGAGGAUGAGGAUGAGGAUGAGGAUGAGGAUGAGGAUGAGGAUGAGGAUGAGGAUGAGGAUGAGGAUGAGGAUGAGGAUGAGGAUGAGGAUGAGGAUGAGGAUGAGGAUGAGGAUGAGGAUGAGGAUGAGGAUGAUAAGGAUGAGGAUGAGGAUGAUGAGGAUGAGGAUGAGGAUGAGGAUUUGUCAAUAACUACUAUAAUGGGUCUAUUCAAAAAUGCAUACGUACUAUAAAUCGUCAAUCUUAUACUCCAUUGUAUGCUUUGCUUUUGACUUACCCCUUUCCCGAACGUACAGAUCACCCCUCCCCGAAAUAUCAACUUAAUGAUUAUUAAUUAUAACACGUUACUUGAAAAAAGGACAAUAUGGGUAGCUAACUACGGCAGGUCUAAGGUGUUAAAGUUGAAAUAACCACAUAUUUUUUGCAGAAAAGAUACAUAAAAAACUGCAAUAAUAUUUUAAAGCGUAGAUAUGUAAGUCCGUCAACGCGGAUAGUCACUUUUAAAAAAACAAAAAUCUCCAAACAUCAUAUAAAAGCUGCAAACGCAAAUACGCACUUCUACUACACACAACGAAUGAGAAUGUCCAAGUGGACUCGGUGAGUAAGUGCGUUACCUUGUUGCAGUUUAUAUUUUAUUAAAUUUUUUUGUGUACAUUUUCUGAAGUUUAGCCGAACGUUAAUACACCUUCACGAUAAUUCAAUUGUACAUGCGUUCCUACGGCUCUCCAUCGUUUUACAAUAUCGGAAAAAGGAGGUAAAAUCGUGUUUUUAUGAGAGUUUGUUAGAGACGAAAGCGUGUUUUCUCCAGUUUUUUAACUUCCGUCGUAUCAAUUUCUUUCAAAUUUUCGGGAAACGUUAAUAAUAAUAACAGUACUUUUCAUUAAAAACAAAACGCGGCAAGAAAAGUUAUCACGAAAAAACGUGUUUUCUCAUUAAUAAACUCUUAUAAAAGUGUGAUGUUUACCUCCUUGGAUAGCUAAAUAAGCUGCGAUGGAGUGUUAGUUUUCCCGAAUUAUCGUAAAGGUGUAUUGUGCGUUUCGAAAAAUGCGAGUGCUCCCUCCUCUUUCCCAAAUCCAAACUUACACAUUCUUUUUGCAGAGCUGAAAUUCAGGUGACUACUUUACAGGACUUCAUAGAACUUCACUUAAAGAAAAACAAGAAGCCCUGUGGCUUGAAGAUUUCCACCUUAAGCAAACAUGUUGGAAAGCAAUUAUAUGCGUUGCGAUCGAGGACAGUAUUAAUUUAAAAGUUUAAAAUGCCAAAAAAAAAUAAAGGAGGUUAAAAACACGAAGAAGAAAGUUGUUUGAAGUCGUCUGUAAAGAUUUUAUGUUCCAUAGGUUGUUUUUUUCAAAUCAGAGAGAGAGAGAGAGAGAGUUUAAGCCUGAUUGCAUCGUGAUCACUGAAAUACACAGUUUUAACGAAGGUCUCGACAUUAAGAGUAUUUAAAACAUUCUCACGGAUAUAGACAUGG